AUGGAAUGGGACAGUGAUUGGGAGGAGGAGGAGGAGGAGAUGGUCGGGGAGAGGGAGGAAGAGGGUUAUCUACUCGGAAGCGGGGGGCCUUUCCUCUUCAGCAUCGGAGACUUGCCGGAGUCGGCGUCCUUCGGGUUCGUGGUCUGCGAUGCCCUGGAGCUCGACUAUCCAAUCAUCUACGUUAACACGACCUUCGAGAAGGUCACCGGGUACCGGGCGGAGGAGGUUCUCGGCCGGAAUUGGUCAGUAGCCCUUCCUCCUUUUUCCCAUUCUGUCAAUUAAUUCAUGUUUUCUGCGCACGGCGGAGGUUUAUUUUCCCGUACUCUGGCUUCACAAAUGAAUUAUAAUAAUUUUGGGGAAGAUAGGGGAGGAUAUUAAGCUCGACAUACAUGAGUAUAAUCUCUGAUAAUUUAGUUGACUUCCUUUUCCCUUUAUACUCAAACGAGUUGCGGGCAUGUAAAUCCCAUCUUACUUGUUCUUUGCUUAUAAAAUCGAACUGCUAUCACGAACAAGGAGAGAACAUUCGCUUGGAACAGUGCUCACACCCGUCGUGUCCAUGGUCGUCUAUCGCAAGAAGCGCGAGCUUGUUGAUGCCCUCAUGCGGUUUGGUGUAUGUGCAACGUUAAAUCUUAUCACUGUUCUUUAAAAUGGUGCAUCUGCCCUUGAAUCAUCUGAUUCCUCUCACCGUAGAAGAAUCACGCUGAUGAAAUGUCCCUCCACAGCAGGCAUUUGAUUUAAUCAUCGUGAUUGAGCUCGACAUAGGCCAGCUGCUCUUCAUGCUCCCCGAAGAUGAUUUUUCUAUUUGCCUUCUUGGCAACAAUAUCAGGGGCUUCUACUCCCAGUGGUCCUCUAAGUGCCCCAGAUUGUAUGAUCCUCCUUAGCAGCGUCAACUCCCAACUGUAGCAUUCAUAGUUUCUCUGGUAUAAAUGAUGACUCAUUUAUUAGCUACACGCCUCUUAUGGUUUCUGGUUUGAACGCUUUCUUGUUAGUUUUGCAUGGUUGUGUGUGCCCAUUUUUAUUUUUAUUUUUCCGCUGUUCAGUACAAGAACAUGAGAGCAGUAAGUAUGAUCCAGAUACUAAAACAGCGUGGUGUUCCCCUGAAUAAUACCUGGACUGAUCAUCUUCUCUGGAACAGAAGAUUCCCGUGGUUUCCUGCUCGAUUUCAGUCGGUUGUCCAUGGCUAGAUGCGAGAAUGUGAGAAGGGGGAGCUCUUUAGUUCAGUAGUUUAUCUGCCGUCAACGUACUACCACUGGAUAAAGAUAGCGUGAAGCUCAAUGCAAAACCCUGCUGAUGAUCAGAUUCUUGGUUCAGGAGACGUGUUUCGGAAGGGUUUAUUGCUUCAACUGUGGAAUUGAAACUAAUGUCUAUUUAGUCAUCAAGACAAAAAGGACGAGCCCCGUGAAACAAAUGAUUCAUGAACAGAGAAUAAGUUACGAUCAUCAAAACUCUUUACCCAUUCUAGUUUUAACUUAUUUUAUUCAAUCUGUCUUCUUGUCAAAGAAGAGUUAUGCGGGUUAUUGCAGUUUUUUCUUUGUGUGAUACGAUUCUUGUGCUGCGUCUGAAACUGGCCGCAGCUUUUUAUUUCCCUGGUAUUUAUAAAUCGUUAUGUUUUUCUCGAAUUUUCAACUACGAAAAUCAAAAAACAAAAACGGAUAUUUUUGAACUAAAAAAAUACUCAGCCAGUCGCCAAAGCGCAUAUAACGGAAAUUUGCCAGUCGUCGAUCUAACCACAUGUUUUGUUACAACAUCGUUCUUUGUUGCCAUUAAUUUUCCAGAUUCUUUAAGACCUUACUCUAAGGAAUAACCGAUGUUCCCUUGAAUCUCUCUCUCUCUCUCUCUCUCUCCCCCCUCUCUCCCUCACCGAUUGGGUCGGAGCUAAUGUUUCGGAGAGAGCAGAUAUGAGAUACCCUUUUACAGAGGUCUGAUGGAGAUAAUAGCUGUUGAAAUCAUGGCGCUCUCGGCAGUGUUCUUCUCAAUAAGCUGCGACUUCUUGCGCUACUCGAGAACUAAUCUCCCUUUCUUUGACCACCUUGCUCUCUCAAACAACCCUUCUUGUGGAGUGAAUGAGGCCUGAGCAUGGUUCUAGAGCGAGCAUGUGUUAACCAUCUGAGGGGAAAUCUUCUUUUCAUUCUGGAACUCACGGUUGUAUGGAUGGUUGCUGUCUGUUGUCCAGCCGGUUUCUGCAGUGCCGGGGGGCCUUUGCUCAGCGGCGGCACACCAUGGUGGAUCCCUCCGUGGUAGCGGAGAUGCACCGGUGCCUCAGAGAAGGGGCCGAUUUCUCCGGCGAGGUCCUCAACUUCAGCAAGGACGGGGCUCCGCUGACGAACCGGCUGACACUGACGCCCAUCUACGGCGACGACGACCUGAUAACCCACGUCAUCGCCGUGCAGGUCUUCACCGAGGCCAAGCUGGACCUCGACCCGCUCCCCACCGCCUCCGCCAAGGCGGCGCCGAGGCCGGCGGGGCCGCCGCCGUCGUGGUUCGUAUCGGGGCCGUCUCGCGGACAGGUCUGCCGGGAGCUCUGCUGCCUUCUGCAGCUCAGCGACGAGGUGCUAUCUCAGAAGAUCCUCCUGCGGCUUCCCCCGCGCGACAUCGCCGCCGUCGGGCUGGUCUGCAAGCGGUUCUACGAGCUGUCCAGGAACGAGCACCUGUGGCGGCUGGUCUGCCGGAACGCGUGGGGCUGGGAGUCGGUCCAAGCGCUGGAGGCAGCGGCGGCGCCGCCUGGAGGGAAGCGGCAGCCGCUGCGGUGGGAGCGGCUGGCGAGGGAGCUGACCACCCUCGAGGCCGUGGCGUGGCGGCGGCUCUCCGUCGGCGGUGUCGUGGAGCCCUCCAGGUGCAACUUCAGCACCUGCGCCGUCGGCAACCGGGUCGUCCUCUUCGGCGGCGAGGGGGUCAACAUGCAGCCUAUGAACGACACCUUCGUGCUGGACCUCGGCGCCACCCGCCCCGAGUGGCGGCCGGUCAACGUCGCCUCCCCCCCGCCGGGCCGGUGGGGACACACCCUCUCCUCCCUCAACGGCUCCCGCCUCGUGGUCUUCGGCGGCUGCGGCACCCAGGGGCUCCUCAACGACGUCUUCCUCCUCGACCUCGACGCCAAGAGCCCCACCUGGCGGGACAUCUCCGGCCUGUCCCCGCCGCCGGCGAGGUCCUGGCACAGCUCCUGCACCCUCGACGGCUCCACCCUCCUCGUCACCGGCGGCUGCGCCGACGCCGGCGUCCUCCUCAACGAUACCUUCACUCUGGACCUCACCGCCGAGAACACCGCCACCUGGAAGGAGAUCCUCCCUUCAGGCACCGCCACCGCCGCCACAGCCUGGAAGGAGAAACCGCCGCCGCGGCUGGGCCACACGCUCUCCGUCUACGGCGGCCGCAAGGUGCUCAUGUUCGGGGGCCUCGCCAAGAGCGGACCGCUGCGCUUGCGCUCCAGUGACGUCUUCACCCUCGACCUCGCCCAGGAGGAGCCGUGCUGGCGGUGCAUCACCGGCAGCGCCAUGCCGGGGGCGGGGAACCCCGCCGGCGCAGGGCCGCCACCGCGGCUGGACCAUGUGGCGGCGAGUCUCCCCGGGGGGCGCGUGCUCAUCUUCGGGGGGUCCGUCGCGGGGCUGCACUCGGCGUCGCAGUUGUACGUGCUGGAUCCAGCGGAGGAGGAGCCCCGGUGGAGGAUUCUGACUGUGCCCGGGAGGCCGCCGCGCUUCGCGUGGGGGCACAGCACCUGCGUCGUCGGAGGGACGAGGAUUGUCGUCCUAGGGGGGCAGACCGGGGAGGAGUGGAUGCUCGGUGAGCUCUACGAGCUCUCUCUCGCGAGCUUCGGCUCGUGA